AUAUAUAAGCGCCGAACAGCCGGAACGCGAGCUUAGUCGUUUUGGAACUUUUCACGCGUUCGCUGCCUCAGUCUUUCGUUUUGCCCUCCUAUCUCACAAUGAAGUACGCUGUGAUUGCCAUCGCCCUGUUUGCGAUUUCUGCUGCUGCCGCCUCUUCCGCUGGCCAAUUCCUGCCCCGUGCCUUCUUCACAUUGGACGCUCAGGGCCACCAGUCGGAUGUCCACCCAGUGAAUGCCCAUCUGCUGAGGCGUCUGCGUCGCCAGAUUUACAGCGCGUCCUCUUCCUCAUCGUCUUCAUCCUCGUCCAGUGGAAAUGGUGGCACUAUCACCUUUGCCUCGCACUCCGUUCAGAAUUCCGAUGGAUCUGGACAAUCUGGUUCCACUUACACCCAGCAGUCCGCUCCAGUGGCUCCAGCGGCUGGUGUGAGCUUUCAAAACCGUUUCGGUGAGGACUCCGCAUCGGGCAACCCUAGCUCGGGUAGUGCCGGCAUUCAAUCCUCCGGAUCAGUCGUAACCAACAACGGAUAUGGCAGCACUGGCAGCACCUUUGGUGCCACCAACAACUAUGGAUCCGUUCCUUACACCCAAAUUCAACAGACCGUCUCCAGUUUCGAUGCUAAUGGCAACCAGAAGGUGACCACCAUUCAGGGUGCCACCGAUCAUACUGGUGCCCUUAACGUCGUCAAGAAUGAGUACUCAACUUAAGAAGAAUUCUUCUUAUAAAUUUAGUUAUAAUCGAUUGUAACGAAGUCAAGUUAAUAAAUUAAAAAGAGGUAAAUUAA